CCCGCCGCCCCGCUGCCACGGCGACCGCGGCUGGCCCGAGGCCCGCAGUGCCGGCGACGCGGAGCAUUCGGGUCUGGCGCGCGCGGGUGGCGACGGCGCGCCGCGGAACGUGCCCAGGGACCCCGGUUCCCGCGAGCAGCGCAGCGCAGCGCCGGGAUCCCUGAUAAUGAGCCCAACUGAACCCUCAAAACGUUGAGAAAUUUCCAUAAAAGCAUUGAAGAGAAAGUAUCGAGCGAAGAGACAUUGAAGGGGAACAUUUCGUUCCAAAGUCACAUCAUUCCAGGAUUCUGGGGAAGCUUUGUGGCUCCAGGACAUGAGCGGUGGGUUCUUACUGCCUUUCUUUAUGAAGCCAGUCACCCGUUACCGUGCUCGAUUUUGUGGGAGUGCCGCGUGACACACUAAUAGAAACAGGCCGAUCAUUAUAGGAGAUUAAGCUGAAACCACCGCUCAGCUCCCAAGAUGGUGGCGCUCAAAUUGCAUGCGCUUUUCUGCCUCUGCAGCUGCCUUGCACUGGUUCGUCCUUUUGACUGGCAAGACCUAAAUCCUGUUGCCCAUGUUAAGUCAUCAGCAUGGAUCAAUAAAAUACAAGCUCUGAUGGCUGCGGCAACCUGUGGCCAAACUAAAAUCCCCAGAGGUAAUGGACCUUAUUCUGUUGGUUGUACAGACUUGAUGUUCAAUCACACUAAAGAGGGCACCUUCCUGCGCUUAUAUUAUCCAUCUCAAGAUGAUCGCCUUAACACUCUGUGGAUCCCAAACACAGAAUAUUUUUUUGGUCUCAGUAAAUUUCUUGGAACACAUUGGCUUAUGGGCAAAAUUUUGAGCUUUUUAUUUGGUUCAGUGACAACCCCUGCAAGCUGGAAUUCCCCUCUGAGGACUGGUGAAAAAUAUCCACUAAUUGUUUUUUCUCAUGGUCUUGGAGCAUUCAGGACAAUUUAUUCUGCUAUUGGCAUUGACCUGGCAUCUCAUGGGUUUAUAGUUGCUGCUGUGGAACACAGAAAUGGAUCUGCAUCUGCAACUUACUAUUUCAAGGACCAGUCUGCUGCAGAAAUAGGAAACAAGUCUUGGCUCUACUUUAGAACCCUAAAAUCAGGUGACGAUGUGAAAUCUGAACGAAAUAAACAGGUACAUCACAGAGCAAAGGAAUGUUCCCAAGCUCUUGAUUUGAUUCUUGACAUUGAUCAUGGAAAGCCACUGAAGAAUGUAUUAGAUUUAGAGUUUGAUGUGGGACAACUGAAGGACUCUAUUGAUAGGAAAAAAGUAGCAAUAAUGGGACAUUCUUUUGGUGGAGCAACAGUUAUUCAAACUCUUAGUGAAGACCAGAGAUUCAGGUGCGGCAUUGCCCUGGACGCAUGGAUGUUUCCAGUGGGUGAUGAGGUGUAUCCCAAAAUUCCUCAGCCUCUCUUUUUUAUCAACUCUGAACACUUCCAAUAUUUAGAUAAUAUCAAAAAAAUGGAACAAUGCUACCUACCAGGUAAAGAAAGAAAAAUGGUUACAAUCAGGGGUUCAGUGCAUCAGAAUUUUGCUGACUUCACUUUUGCAACUGGCAAAAUAGUUGGAUACGUAUUCGGAUUAAAAGGAGAUAUAGAUUCAAAUGUAGCUAUUGAUCUUAGCAACAAAGCUUCAUUAGCAUUCUUACAAAAGCAUUUAGGACUUCAUAAAGAUUUUGAUAAGUGGGACUAUCUGGUUGAAGGAGAUGAUAAGAAUCUCAUUCCAGGGAGCAACAUCAACACGACCGACCCACAUGCUACUCUGUAGAAUGCUACAGGAAUAUGGAAACAGAAUUAGGAUUAAAAGAGCUUUUUAAAAAGUCUUGGCUCAAAA